GAGGAGGACAAGGAGGAGGAAAACAAGGAUGACUGUGCCUCUAAGUCGGCCCCAGAGGAGGAGGCAGGAGGGGCUGGCACGCCCGUGAUCACGGAGAUUUUCAGCCUGGGUGGAACCCGCUUCCGAGACACAGCUGUCUGGUUACCAAGGCUACGCAAACUCUUAGCAGUAAAUGAGAAUGAGUAUUUUACCGAACUGCAAGUGAAAGAAGAAGCGUUAUAGGAGAGGACAGAAGACGCCGGGGGAAGUAUUGAGAGAUUAUUGAAAGAGAAGAAAGUUUAUUUUGUGGCGGAAGAGCUGAACAACACAAAACGGAAUCCACAUCUAGAAACUCACCGCCUUCAAACCCCGAAGCGGUGGAUUGCGAAGAUGAAGGGGGUGCCGAGGACGGGCGCCCUGCGCGCGGCCCCAUUUUAGCGUGGGAGCCCCAAAGUGUCAUUCCUGAUUGGCUCUUAGGCGUCGGCUACCUUGCUCUUGACUGGCAGUGGACCUGUGGUCUCCACCUGUGCGAGGGCCCGUUUUAGGUUCCCUCAUUUGUAGCGCCUGCGAUCCUGAUUCUCAGGAACCCACCACCCCGGACUUGUGACGGUGCCCGCCGCGACCCUCGGGCUGUGUUGUGCCCACCGGGCGGCGCCGCUGCCCCUGUCCUGGGUGCAGGGCGGUGGCUCACACGUGACGGCCGGCCGGCGGGUUGAACGAGGCACUUAGGCUCCCUGAGCCACACUCGCGCUAGUUGUGAGGUGAAGACGGCUCCUGCUGUUCUGCCAACCCUAUAAGAUAUUUGUUGAGUCUCGAAGGUUGUAUGUGUGAAAGUAUCUUGCAAUUUGUAAAAACUACGCAAACACAAGGUUGGCCUGUGGUGAUUCUUGCCGCCCGAGGAACGCUGUCGAGGCCUUCCCGUCAGCGCCCGCUCGCCUGUGCGGUGCUUUCGGGCGGGCUCCGGGCUGGGGCUCAGGGCUGCAACCCGGCGAAGCCCCGGGGGCGCGGCCGGCGGGGUCCGGCGGGGGCGGGCGGGCGGGCUGCGGCUGGCGCAGACUCCGCCUCCCGGCCGCCCGAGGGAGCGCGGCGGCUGUGGCCCCCAUGGCGACGGGGCCGGCUUCCGCCCGGCGCCCCGCGACGCGCACCAUGGCAACCGAGUCGCCGCGCUGCCCGCUUCCUGAGAGGACGCGGCCAUGUACAGCCAACGGUUUGGCACCGUGCAGCGGGAGGUCAGGGGCCCCACUCCCAGAGUGGUGGUCGUGAGAGCCAAGCCUCCGAAAGGCCGAGUGGCAGAGCAGCGUCUGGAAAGAAUACAGCGGAGCCAUCAGGAGCAUCAUGCUGUUCUGGCUUCCAUCAGGUCAAAAGAUCGGGAUCGCUUGAAAGUUGAGUGGGAGCAGCACCAUGACCGCAGGUUUUGGGAUAGCCUGGUGCAGGCGAGAGUCAAGGAUGCCAUGCAGGGAUUCAUCAUCAACACUGAAGAGAGGCGAAAUAAGCUACGUGAACUUUUAGCAGCAGAAGAAAAUGAAUAUUUUGCUGAAAUGCAAAUGAAAGAAGAAACCAUUGAGGAGAAAAAAGAUAGAAUGAGAGAGAAGACCAGGUUGUUAAAAGAGAAGAAAGAAAAAGAGAGACAGGAUUUUGUGGCUGAAAAACUAGACCAGCAAUUCAGGGAGUGCUGUGACGAGCUCCGAGCCGAACUGGUCUGCGACCACCAGAAGCAGGUGUGCGAGGAGCGGAGAGCGCAGCUCGCCUUUAACGAGGAGCUGAAGCGGCAGCGGCUGGUGGAGGAGCAGAUGUUUUCGAAGCUCUGGGAGCAAGACCGCUUAGCCAAGGAGAAGCGAGAAGCCCAGGAGGCCCGGAGGCAGAGAGCGCUGGCGGAGAACAUGCGCCUGGGGCUCAACGCCCAGAUCACGGGCAUCCAGGCGCAGAGGCAGGCGGCGCAGCUGCUGAAGGAGGAGGAGGCGCGCCUCGUGGACCAGGAGAGAGCACAGGUUAAACUCGAGAAUGAACAGGACAAGCUGAAGAAGCAGCAGAAGAAACAGGAGACGAAGGCCAUUUUGCAAAAAGCCCUGGAAGAGAGGAUAGAGUACAUUCAGCAGGAAUACAGAGAGGAACAGGACUUGGACAGGAAGCUGGUACAGAGAGCCCUUCAAGACUUACAGGAAGAGGAGGACAAGAAGAAGCAGAAAAAAAAAGACUCAGCCAGAGAACAGAAGAUGUAUCUUCAGUACAUUGCCCAGUGCCGUGAAGAAGAAGUAGCUCAGGAGAAAGAGUUGGACAGAAUAAUAGAGGAAGAGAAGGAAAAAAAGUUGGCCGAGAAGGACAAGGAGCUAAGACUCGAAAAGGAGGCGAGGAAGCAGCUCAUGGCGGAGGUCAUGUGUACACGGGAACUCCAAGUUCUAGAAAAGUUGCAGCGGAAAGCGAAGGAGCAGGAAGAGCUGGCUGUGGAACAGGAACGGAUAAACGAAGGGCUUAGAGAGCUGAACUGUGAAGAGAAGGAGCGUUUUUCAAGACGCUACGGGAAAGCCCAGGAGUACAGGAAGCAGCUUGAGAUGCAAAUAGCCUACCAGCAGCAGGCCCGAGAAGCAGAGAAGGAAGAGAGACGCCGAGAGUUCGAAGUGGGGCUGGCAGAAAACAAGGCCUGCAUGGACAAGAUCCAGGAGGUCCUGUCCACGCAUCGAGUGAUGCCCCGGAAAACGCACCCCAUGAGGAAGGCGUGCGCCAGUAGGCUCCCGCCAUAGCUUCAUAACCGUCAAUAUGUAUUUUCUGUCUUUUAAAAUACUUGUCACUACAGUAUGCUUGUAUGUUCCUUUUAACUCAUGGAUAAACUGAUCUUUUUUUUUU